AGUUAGUUGUUUCCCGGCUGCCGUGCUAUGUGACUGUCUGUGAACCAUACUCCGGUGAAGUUAGCGCUUUUAUUACCAAAACAAUAGAGGUGUUGUGUCAAUUAUAUUAUGUUUGUUAUGAUUGUUUUGAAUUAGAUCGUAGUGGUUUUUUUUUUUUUUUGGGAACACAAAGGAAAUAUAAAUAAUUUUGAAGCGCCUCACUUGACGACGGUGAUCAGAAUUAUGACCCGGAACACGUUUCUGACUGAAAUACGACUUGAAACAUGACGAUUGAAGCCGCCCCGAACAUAACGCAAACCCUAACUAACCUUUUCGAGGAAAUGCUUCUGGAAACGGAAGCUUCAAACCACAAUGAAAGUAAUCUCGACCUGUCACAUUUCCUGUCGGCCUUACGAGUGCAAUCGAACAGCAGCAACCAUGAGCCCCUGGACUUCGGCACCUUGAUUAGGCUGGUCGAUGGAUUUCGGAAUAAACUAAAUUUAAGCCGGCCCAUUGAGCCAGCGUGUACGUAUUGCGAUGGGAACAUCAGGGAUGUUAUCUUGGCCUAUAAUAGUAUACACGGAUACAUCAGUCUUAUCGUAUGCUUCUUCGGGAGCUUAGCCAACACAUUAAAUGUGGCAGUCCUGACGAGAAGGGAUCUGGCUGCGGCACCUAUCAACCGUCUUCUGAAGUGGCUAGCUGUAGCCGAUGUCUUCGUCAUGCUGGAGUAUGUGCCGUUCGCCAUAUAUAGAUAUUUGAUACUACCCGGUCAAAGAGAGAUGCCAUACAAAUGGGCAGCCUAUCUUCUAUUCCACAUGCAUUUUACUCAGAUUUUCCACACGGCUUCAAUAUGUCUCACGCUUUCCUUAGCCGUUUGGAGAUACGUGGCUAUCAAGUACUCAGAUAAGAAUCACAUUUUGUGUACGGAAAGGCGAUGUAGCACGGCUAUUUUGAGUAGUUUCAUAAUACCACCUGUGCUUUGUAUACCCACGUAUAUGGUAUUUGACAUUCACACGGCGGUCGUAUUGGAACCAACAGGUCCGAUGAUCCUUUACCACGUAGAUUCUGAUGAGGAGGGGGGGUUGUACCAAAUAAACUUCUGGGUACACGCGGUACUGAUAAAGCUGCUGCCGUGCUGUUUACUGACAGUAAUCAGCUUAUGGCUGAUCAGAGAGGUGUACAGUGCUAAUCAGCAUCAAAAAAAAAUUAGAGUUUACAACGCCUGUCCGAGCAACAACAAAGCAAUCAAACGACAAUACAAAGCCGACAGAAGAACUAAUAGAACAACGAAGAUGCUCGUGGCUGUGCUAUUACUGUUCCUGGUUACCGAACUACCCCAAGGAAUAUUGGGUUUGUUGAGUGGGAUUUUGGGGCGUUGUUUCUUCAAGCGUUGCUAUGAUUUGUUCGGGGAACUGAUGGAUGCUUUGGCUUUGUUGAACGGGGCGAUUAACUUCGUGUUGUACUGUUCGAUGUCGCGGCAAUUCCGUAUGACUUUUGGACAAAUGAUGUGGCGCGCUCAUCUACACCGCUGGUCGCCGCCGCAGGCUUCUCACUCAGACGGACAAACCACAGCAAAGUCAUCGGUACCUUGAGGAAGGAUUUUACAAGAGAAACACGCAAAUGUAUUAGAUCAUUUCUUGUGAAUUCAUCAUUCAUAAAGACGACGAAUUUCAACUUAAUAUAAAGUUUAAUUACGUUAGAGGUUACGGAGUAAAUGUACUACUAGUAAUAUUUAAAUCAGUGAUUAAUGAAAUGUUUACAGAACCUUUAGUAUCUUGAUUUUGGUAAUGACUUUUGUGUAAGACGAAUAAAAUAUAUAUAUAAUAAUUCAUAUAUGGAUCAAAAAGAUACCUGUUGUUAUUAUUCUUCAAAAGAUGUAUUAAAUCUUUAUUAAACGGCGGUCCAUUGAAUACUGUAAAUCCAAAAUAACUUUAAUUUAAAUACCAAAGAAAGCAAAUCUAAUUUUGUGUUUUCAUUAAAAAAUAACCUUUAAUAGAAAACAUUUUCUUAUUUAUUCUUAAUAGUUAUUAGAUUAUGUUUCUCUAAAUAAUAUAAUGAUAAAAGUGUUUGUCCCUUUUAUAGUUAAGCAAAAUAGACGACUGUUCACAAUUCGAGGCGCCCAAAUUAUGUUUUUGUUUUAAUUACUAACUGAAGUAAUGAACCGAUUUAAUCGGCUUUUGAUUUCACUGCUUGUAAAUGUAGGCGGCAAGUGGCGUAAGUGACAUUAAUAAAUGAAAGCAAUGUUAUUUGAAGCCGUCGUGGCCUAAAGGAUAAGACGGCCGGUGCAUUCGUAUGUAGCGAUGCAUCAGUGUUCGAAUCCCGCCCGCAGGUACCAAUUUUUCUAAUGAAAUACGUACUCUACAAAUGUUCACGAUUGACUUCCACGGUGAAGGAAUAACAUCGUGUAAUAAAGAUCAAACCCGCAAAAUUAUAAUUUGCGUAAUUACUGGUGGUGGGACCUGUUGUGAGUCUGCACGGGUAGGUACCACCACCCUGCCUAUUUCUGCCGUGAAGCAGAAAUGCGUUGCGGCUUGAAGGGUGGGGCAGCCAUCGUAACUAUACUGAGACCUUAGAACUUAUAUCUCAAGGUGGAUGGCGCAUUUACGGUGUAGAUGUCUAUGGGCUCCAGUAACCACUUAACACCAGGUGGGCUGUGAGCUCGUCCACCCAUCGAAGC